CUAAUAGUAAAUGCUCUGAGAUUAGCCUUUCACGAACGAGGCUGUUGGCUUCCUAUUCGCCAGCUUCUUGUCUGAAUUUUCCCGUUCCACCUUAAAUGGUACAGACCCUUUCUAAAUGGUCCGUUUAAAUAAGAACUAAAACUCCAGCCUGCGUUCUAACCAGAACGUAGAACACCAGUGAAGCGCUGCACGUACAACUGAGUCCUAUCACACCGCAGCCCGAGUACCUCAAGCUCUAUUUCACGUCGCUCUGCUCUGUUUUCAAACCAGGAAACUGCGGCUUUGCUUUCAACAGCCGGCACAAGCGGAUGCCUGUGAGCUCUUCUCCUACGAGCAGAUGACUUUAAUCCGAACCUGAACCUGAUUAAACCUGGAGUGACCAGCUCAACCGGCCAAAAUGAGCGAGGUGAGUAUGUGCCAGGCUCGUGCCACCGUCAUGAUGUAUGAUGACGCCGGGAAGCGCUGGGUGCCCGCCGGCUCUGGAGCUCAGGCCGUCAGCAGAGUGCACAUCUACCAAAACCCCAACAACAACAGCUUCAGAGUGGUGGGCCGCAAACUGCAAGCCGACCAGCAGGUUGUCAUUAAUUGCCCACUCAUGAGGGGUAUAAAAUACAAUCAAGCCACUCCAAACUUCCACCAGUGGCGCGAUGCAAGGCAGGUCUGGGGCCUAAAUUUCAGCAGUAAGGAUGAAGCUAUGCAGUUUGCCAACACCAUGAUGUAUGCACUGGAUGUUCUCAGUGGUGCAGCCCCCCCUCGACCUGCGCAGAAUGGUCCAAGCUUUGAAGAGCAGCAGAGGCUGCAGGAGCAGCAGGAGAGAGAGAGACAGGAGCGAGAGAGGCAAGAGCAAGAGCGGCUGGAGAGACAGAGACAGGCUGCUGCUCCUCCAGCAGCACCUCCUGCUCCUCCUCCGUGUCCAGCCUCAGCUCCCCCUCCUCCUGGAGUUCCUCCUCCACCUGGCCCACCACCUCCUCCUGGACCUCCCCCAGCUCCCCCACCACCGCCCUCUGGUGGUGCUCCACCUGCCCCACCACCACCACCCUCAGGAGGAGGAGGAGGUGGUGGUGGUGGUGGUGGAGAUGGAGGACUGGCUUCAGCUCUUGCUGGGGCUAAACUCCGCAAAGUGUCUAAGGAUGAGAGCGGAGGUCCUGCUCCUGCAGCAAAAGAAAGCAGCCAGAGCUCAGGAGGAGGAGGAGGAGGAGGAGGCGGCGGUGGUGGAGGAGGGCUGAUGGGAGAGAUGAGUGCCCUUCUCGCAAAAAGACGUAAAGCAACAGACAAGCCAGUGGUGAAGAAAGAAGAAAAUGACGAUUCAGCAUCAUCAGACACCAAAUCAGAAGAACCCAUCAAAAAGCCAUGGGAGAAGUCUGGUACCAUUCCACGAAGCAAUUCCGCUCCUAAGGGUGUUGAGAAGAGUCCUACUUUGGCACCUGCUUCACUGAACAGACAAAGGCCAGGCAGCAGCACGAGUGACACAGGCUCCAAAGAGAGCAUUGAUAUGGAGAAAUUAAAACAGGAAAUCCUGGAGGAGGUCCGCAAAGAACUCCAGAAAGUGAAGGAUGAAAUUAUUGGAGCCUUCAUCGAGGAGCUUCAAAAGAGAGGCUCUCCCUAGUGGCACCGCUCAUGCUUUGCAAAGGAAAAGGCAGAAGCAUUGUCCAACCUCGGAAGAGACCUGCACAAACCAAAAAUUGAGUUGAGCUUGUUACUGAUGUGUCUGCCAAACCAAACAGUGUCGCACAUGCUAUGCGGCAUUUUCUUGUUUUCUGCACCUCAUCAGCGUGAUGUCUGUGAAUCUCCCCUUCUUUAAUGUUCUUGAAUGCUUUCACCCCAUUUUCUGUCUCUAGUUUCCUCAUAAGUUUUAUUUUUUCUAUGAUUUACAUCUAAUGCCUCUGUAAUGAAGCCAUGUUCUCUACAACCACUUGACUGAAAUGUGAGGAAAGGAGCACUUAAGGUGUUACUCUGCAGUCUUAAACCUCACCUAUUAUUACUCAAUUGAAUACUUAACAUACUACUCCAGCUAGCACAUUUAAAAUACCACAUUAUUUAUUAUGAAUCCACCUUUUAUUUCACCAGUAUUCUGUGUGUUUUUGUUGAAAUACUUUUCCUGGUGAAAAGUUUAUGCAUGUGGUGGUGAACUGUAGGUUUAAAUGUCUCCUAAUCCAGUUUUUCCUCAGGGAUCUGCGGAUGCUAGUUUAUGCAUCGUUUGUACAUUUAUAGGCUACAUUUCACUUUUACCUUUAUCAGUGCCCAUCAUGGUUACUGCUCAGGCUAUUGUUAUUUUGUCUGUCUGCACUUUUGUGCCCUUAUUUUCACUCAACUGCUUUUCAAAUGCAAAAUUGUCAUAACAAUAGGUUUAGCAAAAGUGGUUUGUAAAUAUUGCCAUUCGGUAAAAUGGUCAGUGAUGCUGUGCCUGAGAGUGUUAGUUUGCCCCAGAGGUGUCAGAAAACAUUUAUUACUUACAUGGAGCCCUAAAAUACAACCACUAUUUGUGCCAGUCUUGGGUCUGUUUGUUCUUUCUCACCAUCCAGACUAACCUGGUAUUUGUUCUUAGACAAGUUGAAAAUGUUGUCUACAGUUCUGUUGCAUAUUACAUGGUUUUUAUUGCUUUAUAAACAGAUGCAAUUGAAGUGAAAUUUUACACAAAAUAAAAUUCAUUGGGUAUACGGAAUUGGCCAAUUGA